UACUGGCUUUUAAGACUACCAUAACUACUCAUCUUCUCUUCUUGUUCUUUAUUGCUUAUUGUGCUGAGAAAUCAAAUGGAUCCAAAUCAUAAUCUCCUAUUUGUCUCCUUUCUUGUUCUAUGCUUAGCCGUAAAUGGAGUUACUGGAUAUGCCACCGUCACAGGAUCAGUGUUUUGUGACCAAUGCAAGGAUGGAGAGAGAUCUUUAUUUGAUUUCCCUGUCUCUGGAAUCAAGGUUAGUGUUACAUGUGCUGAUGAAAGUGGACAAGUCUACAUGUCAAGAGAAGAGACAACUAACUGGCUUGGAGGAUAUGUAAUGAGGUUUGACGGGACACCGGAUUUGAGCAACUGUUAUGCUCAGGUUUCAGACAAUGGAGCUCAACAACAAGGCUCAAGUAGUAGUUGCAGCAUUGCUUCAGGUCCUGCACAGAAACUUAAACUAUUGUUUAGCUUUUUUGGAUUUGAAACGUUCGCUGCGGAUGUGCUUCUUACUCAGCCGGUUCAGCCAAUGUCUUAUUGUCCUAAACCACCACCAGCUCCAGUAAUGUCUCCUCCUCACCAAGCCCCACCGCCUCCUGAGGUUAAGCUUCCACCUUCGCCUCCUAAACCUCAAGUUCCGGUCUUACCUCCUCCUCAGGCCCCGGUCACGAGUCCUCCUCCAGCUACAUCGCCUCCUCAGUUUAAGCUUCCACCUUUGCCUCCAAUCCCUCCAGUUCCAUUUGUAGAUCCAUCAGCUUGUUCCCACCAGCUGUGGAUAAGACCUGAGUACAGAUGCUAUUGGAGGGUGAUAGGUCCAGACACGAAGGUGGCAGUUGCGUUCGGACUAAUAGCUGGGAGGAGAUAUGGUACUGAUAUGACAGUACGUGAAGCACUAGACGGGCGAGGAGAAGCUUACAAGACUCUCUUAAGGGAGGCAACAACUGCAUUACUCAAUUCAUACAACUCUCUUGGCUUUCCUUAUAACUCCAUCGCUGUCAUCACACACACAAAUUUGGUACUCCUCGGUAAUUCGCAGCACGAUGUUCUCAUGACCGCUAUCCGUUUCAUCAAGGCUAAUUCAGGGACUUGCAAGUUCACAGUUUGCAAGUGAUUGGUUGUGCGGUCUUCCUAUUUAUAUACUCCACACCUUUUUUCUUCAAUUGUUCUUGUGUACGUUGGUAACACCUACGGUAAAAGUCUAUCUUUGGAUGCAUUGGGGAAUAUUAUUAUAUGUCCUUCUAGUA